UGUCUCGUUGUGUGCGGUGUGGCGGUCAUAUGUUGUCUUCUGCCAGUACUGCCAGUUCGCAACGGUACGCGUGACUAUCUAGACUACGUAUAGGACGAACAACAUCGCAUCGCGGUAUUAUAGGUAUAGAUCUCGGAAUCCCACGAUUCGGUUGAAUUUUACGUGGUGGUCUAAAUUUAUCUGAUUCGGAUUCCGUUCGGUUGUCGUUCGUCGCGCGCCAGAAACAACCGAAAGGCCAACCUACGACAGACAGGCCAAGCCAAGAGCUAUGCAUCGACAAACAGUCGAAUCCGACCCUCCCAAUGGCGAGAUGUCAUCGGAUAAAGUCACGAAUUUGGCCGCGGAAGCGAUGCAUAGUCACGCAAACAGUCGUAAUUUAAAAACGGUCGUCCAGCGGUGGACCAGUUCCGAUCGAUUAAACUACUCCAUCGAGCUGAUACCGAAGGAGGAUUUCGUCCUUGAUCUGAGUCGACUGAGGGCAGGAUCGUGUCCGGUUUUCUGUUCGCUGCCAUGGAUCUCGGACAAUAAUCUGCAGUACACCCGCUUCGUCGAUACCCCGAUGCUGAAGAUGACCGCCAAAAUUGUUCCGCACUGCACGGUGAUGAACCACCUGUCCUGUUACAACAUCACCGAGGCCCAGGUGGACAAGUUCGUCGAGAUGGGCAACUGGAAUUUAUUCAUAAUCCGGGGCGAUACGGUCAGCGAAGGCCAGCGUUUCCCACACGCUGCCGAUCUGGUCCAAUAUCUGCGGGCCAAAAACAUCCCCGAAAUGACCAUUGCCGUCGGGGGUUAUCCGUAUGUGCACCCCGAGUCACCUUCAAUGGAGGAUGACGUCAAAUAUCUUAAGCAGAAGGUCGAUCUCGGUGCCGACUUCAUCCUCACACAGACGCUGUACGAUGCCGAUUCGUUUCUGCGCUACGUGGACGAGUGCCGGCGGGCAGGCAUCACUGUCCCGAUUGUGCCGGGCUUCUUCCUGCCGCAGACCUACGACCAGCUGGAAACGGUACUGGCGUUGACCCGGGUCAAUCCCCCGGCAUCGGUGCUGGAACUGCUGCGAUCCCACGCCCAAGACGAACCGGACCAGUUUGAGGCGUGGGUGGUGAGUCAUUUUUCGGAAGUGGUGCGAACAUUGCGGAAGCAACGACCGGACGAAGCCAAGCUAGUGCACUUUUUCACGUUUAAUCGGUUGGACGUGCUCCGGAAGAUACUGGAUCGGUUGACCGAUCUGUUUUGACCACGUGCUGGAGGUGCUUUGCCAAAGAGACAUUAUGUUGUGUUAUGAGCCUUUUUUGAGUUCGGUUUCUUCGAAGCAAACCGGGAAUUGUUAUUACCUACUACUGAUAAUUAAUGCGCAAUAAAGAUUCGAACAGUU